GAGGAGGAGGAAGGUGGUCGCUCGCUCGCUCCCGCCGCCGCUCCGGCAUGAGCGCGGCUUUCCAGCCCUCGCUGAUGAUGAUGCAGCGCCCGCUGGGAAGCAGCACGGCCUUCAGCAUCGACUCGCUGAUCGGCAGCCCCCCGCCGCCCGCCCCCGGGCCCUUCGUGUACACCGGGUACCCCAUGUUCAUGCCGUACCGGCCCGUGGUGCUGCCGCCGCCGCCGCCGCCGCCGCCGGCGCUGCCGCAGGGCGCGCUGCAGCCCGCGCUGCCCCCCGCGCACCCGCACCACCACCAGCUGCCCAGCCUGCCCUCCGGCUUCUGCUCCAGCCUGGCCCAGGGCAUGGCUCUCACCUCCACGCUCAUGGCCACGCUGCCCGGCACCUUCCCCGCCUCUCCGCAGCACCAGGAGGCCGCCAGGAAGUUCGCGCCCCCGGGGAACUUCGAGAAAGCCGAGGGGAUACCCCCGGACGGCGGCGGCGACGAUGGCAAAGCCUUCCUGGGCAAGGACGGAGCCCUCCUGCCUUUCCCCGCCGCCGACGCCGUCCAGGCUUCCCUCGCCGGGGCUCUCCGGGGCCAGGGCAAGGAGGACGCCAAAGCAGAAGAGGACGCGAAAGGCAAGGAGGAAAGUUUCUCCAUGGACAGCGAUCUAGAUUAUAGUUCGGACGACAACAUCCCCGGCCAGGCGGCUCACAAGGAAGAGGACUCUGGCAACGCGCUCGAGGAAAACCCCCAAAACCCCCCCAAUUCCACCAACACCACAUCCACGGGCAAAAACCGGCGGAGGCGAACAGCCUUCACCAGCGAGCAGCUGCUGGAGCUGGAGAAGGAGUUUCACUGCAAAAAGUACCUGUCCCUGACGGAGAGGUCCCAGAUCGCCCACGCCCUCAAACUCAGCGAGGUGCAGGUGAAAAUCUGGUUCCAGAACAGACGGGCGAAAUGGAAACGGGUCAAGGCGGGCAACGCCAACUCCAAGACAGGGGAACCUUCCCGAAACCCUAAGAUCGUGGUCCCCAUCCCGGUGCACGUCAGCAGGUUUGCGAUCAGGAGUCAGCACCAGCAGCUGGAGCAAGCCCGACCCUGAUCUCUCCCUCCUACCCUCAGAGCCACAAGUUUUUAAGGGAAAAGUUUCCAACCUGGGGUUUCAAAGCAACCCGCCUGAAUAAAAACAAAGCCGAGAGAAGAAAAAAAAAAAAAAAACAACCCAAAAAAACCACACCACCAAACC